GUAAAGCCAGAUACUCCGUCGGACCGGAGAAGAAAAAACCAAAAAAAUCCCGGAUCUUUUGAAAUUACGGGAAAACCAAAGGAAGAGAGAGUUGGUUCAUAUUUUAGAAACAAAAAAAGAAAUGGUUUUGUAUGGGGAAGGGUUUGUUAAAGAAAGGGGUAAAUCAAAAGCGACAUCAAUGGCCUGGUUUUUCGCAGAUUUAAAUGAGAAAGUGAGUUGAUGGCUUGCUGAUGUGAGUUUGGGUUUUUGCUUUUCCACCAUUGCUGUGAGUCUUUUCAAAGGCCGUAUGAUUUGUAAGGUUUGGGCUUUGAACGGAGAAAAUUUGAGUCCGUGAAACAUAUUCGGUUGGUAUUGGACAAAAGGCAGGCUUAUAAAAUAACAAGAGGACCCACAGUGGGGGCGCCAUUGACGACUACAGUGGUGUGCACACAGGCCUCUGAUGUGACCGCGACAAUGGAAACGAUAUGCUCCGCCACAGACACGGCAGGUACGUUCACUUUUGCGGAAGCGGCAGGAACAGGAGAAGCCGCUGCUGUCCAUGUGACCGCAAACCCGAGUGAGGCGGAGGCGAUGCAAAUGCAGCUGUGUCGCCAUCCCGCUGUUUAUCCAGAGGCGCUUGCAAAGCACGCAGAGGUCAUUGCAGACAGAGAUUUGUUCAUGUCCACUCUCAAGAGCUUUCAUGCCGCUCUGGGGACCAAAUUAUCAAUUCCAAAGAUUGGAGGCAAGGAUUUGGAUCUUCAUUUUUUGUACAAAGAAGUAACUUCUCGUGGGGGCCUGCAAAUUGUUAUCAAAGAAAGGAAAUGGAAGGAGAUAGCCCUGGCACUUAACUUUCCUCCAACAACAACAAGUGCUUCAUUUGUAUUACGCAAGUUUUACAGCAAUUCUCUUCAUCACUACGAACAAGUAUAUCUAUUUGGAGUUCAUGGAUCUGUCGUUCAACCUCCAGCCGCCCCAGCAAUCUCAAGUCCAGCUCAUCAUUUCUCAGAGAUCGAGCAUAUGCAUUCGGCUUCAGAGGUUCCUGAACCAGAUAUUAGGAGGCAGAAGAUUGAUUCGGCUCAGGCACUUGGAGUGGACCCUGCAUCAUCAAUCGGAAGCAUUGUGAAUGGGUCUAUUGAUAGUAAAUUUGAGUACGGCUAUCUUGUCACUGUAAUGGUUGGUACAAGGAAGAUGAAGGGUGUUUUAUACCAUGUUCCUCCGACUGGUGCCAAACCACAAGGUGCAUCAGUUUCAACCUUUAUGAAUAGUCUUGGGUCUGAACUUAAGGCUUCUGAUGUGGAGGAUCAAAUUGGUCAUCGUCGAAGGAGAAAAGAACUGUCCAGAAAGGAUCCGAAUGCACCAAGGCAAAACCGAAGUGGUUAUACAUUUUUCUUUGCUGAGCAGCGAGCCAAGCUGAAGUCUUCUGUACCUGAUAAGAACAGAGAAAUCAGCAAGAAGAUUGGUGAUUUGUGGAAUAGGCUUCCGGAGGAGGAGAAAUCUCCAUAUCAAGAAAGAGGCUUAAAAGAUAAGGAGCGUUAUAUACGAGAGAUGCAGGAAUAUAAGGAAAGGUGUAGAUCUCAACAAGAGCAUUCGGAUGGAGCAAAUGUUUCUCAGAGUGGUUUUCAGAAUGCGAGCAAUGAAAGUCACUCAAACAAUGAUGUAUGCAAUACAGUUUAGAUUUUAACAGAAAUUUAAAUUGAGCUUCAGGAGGUACAAAAUUUGAAUUUGUAUUUCAUAAUUGCCAAAGCACCUAUCUUUUGUUUCCGAAACAGGAGGGAGUUCAGAGCUCCAAUCUUCUAAAGAAUGAGAGUGAACUUCUCUAGAAAGAGACAAGGUAUCACCUCCUCUUUAAGGCUAGCAACUUUAAUGUUGUUAAAAGGAUCCAGUUUUGCAGUACCAAAGCCCAAUUUACCUCUAGUUAUAUGGAUCAAAUUGAUAAUCCUGUCAAACCUUUUGUCGAAUGUAAUGUUAUCUAUUCAUGGAUUUAGAAUACGUUGUUUCAAAGAAGCAGCAUGAUUUUUGAAGAAAAAUGGGGAAUGGUCUCAGGUUGCUUGGAUCAGGUAGAUGUGUAAAUACAAAGACUGCGCAGAGAUAGUGUUUUUGUGAUGUUAAUUUGGAUAUUUACUUUGUAUAUUUGAACUGGUUAUGUUUUCCAAGAUCUGAAUGGCUACUAUAUCUUAUUGUCUUAAA